AUGAAUUCUCCAACAAACCUUUUCAGCGACUUCGCUCCGCUGCUCACCCUCUUCGGCGAACAGGUCACACAUCAGUUUCUAAGCAUGUCAAUGGGGUGGGCUGACAACAUACUGCUGGCGAUGGGCCCAUUAGGUAUCAUUACGACCGUGGUGAGCGCCAUACGAGUCGGGGGUGUCAGAGGACUCAAGGCUAUUGUCGGAAAGUUUGUUACCACUUUUCAAGCCAUCUUUGGAUUGGCCCACAGGGCGCGCGAAAUCAGAUUCUCUGCCGAAGCAGAGCUGCUCUCCUCCACCUCAGCCGACGUUUGCGAACUCUGGAGUGGCCAGGAGGUCGUCCGCCAAUACGGAACUCCUGACACGAAAGAGAUGAUCAUUGUACUAGAGAAAACGCCUCGCGUCCUGGGUCUUGUGGACGCUUUCUCAGGCAAAUAUCUUCGAGAAGCCUCUAAUAAGAUUGUGAACGACUCCAAGGCUUCCAGCCGUAUCUUGAAUGAACUGGCGAAAGGCGCUCCAAACUUCACGUUGAAUAUCCGUGGAUCCACGGUUUCGAGAUCUGAGCUCUGGUUCUGGACCGCAGUUGGAAUUGUUUGUCAAACGGUCGCGCUCGUUAUUCCUGCACUCGGCACAUACUACUGGGAUUGGCCAAAGGGUGACUUCCCCGUCCCUUCCUAUGAAUAUCCGUGUUUUCUCAUAGGUUCUACUUUUAUCAUUAUUGGCCUGAUAUUCUGCUCGCGUGUUAUUGAAGCCACUACAGCCGAACAUGACUUUGUUCAGCGCAAAUCUAAGAAAAUUCAGGUGUUGCGGCUUCAGAGGACAUGCACUGUUAGCGAUCAGCACUUUGAAUCUUACGCAAUCCUCAAUGCGCCUGGAGACGUGCGUCUUAGGACUUCAAGGCCGAACAACUAUACAGUAUCUUUUAUGGCGACUAUUGCUGGAUUUAUUUGCCAAUUUGUGGGACUUCGAGCGCUCCAUUGGUUUGCAACAAUCAUCCUGCUCGGAGUGACUUUGAUAAUGACCGGCGCCCGAGCAUGGGUACAUCGUGGCUUAGUGUCUGACCCUCUGUGUCUCCAUCUUCCAGAAGGCCGUGAAAUACCUUGGCUUGCUCUGUUCAUC